UCUGAUCUGAUACAGUGGUGUGGUGUCACCAUGCAUGCUUCCACACUUUCUACAGCUGGCAUUCUUACCAUUCUUUUGUUUGGAGGGUUUGCCCUAUAAAGAAAGGUUGUGCGAUACAGCAGCGCCGAGACCUGAGAGGAUCCGGCGAUAUUUGCGCAGAUCAACUGGUGUGUGUGUGUGAUAGAGAGGUACACCAACAGGGACAAUGUGGAAUUGUCCAAAAUGUCCGGGGGUGCGACGAGGCCUCUCCAUGUUCACGGGCAUGGUGGAGUGUUUGUGUUUUGCAGGGAUCCUCUUUGGCUGGGCCUCGCUUGAUUUUAUCUUGAAGACGCAGGGCUUCUUCGGCUCCUUUUGUGUCAACGCCACGGGAAUAAACGGCUCGCAGGUCCUAGACUGCCGGGGACAGGAUGAGCAGUUCUCGCUGGUCUUCACCAUCGCAUCCUUCAUGAUCAAUUUUGUCACCCUCCUCAACGGUUUCAUCUUCGAUCGCUUUGGGACAACGGUGGCUCGAGUCUACGCAAUAUGCUUUCACCUCAUGGGCACCUUGAUGGUUGCCUUCUCCACUCCAGCUCGAGCCGCUCUGCUUUUCCCGGCUCUUUCCUUCAUCGCUGUGGGUGGCAGUAUGUUGCUCCUCACCAACUUCCAGGUGGCAAAUCUGUUCCCCAACAAUCGGUCCACCGUCAUCACUCUUCUCAACGGGGCUUUUGACUCUUCCCCAGCAAUCUUCCUCAUCAUUAAGUUGGUAUUUGAGGCUGGAAUAUCUCUUCGAGACAGUUUCCUGUUCCUGUCAGCCUGCAGCAUCAUACACGUGCUGAGGACUGUCUUCCUGUUACCCAGACUCAUCAUUCCAUACCCUCUUCCAGAUCACUACACAUUUGGGUUGACCUGUGGAAAAUCAAAGAAGUCAGAAGAGUCCGUGAAUUUUGACCCUCAGACAACAGAUGAAGUGCAACAUGUAAACAAGGAACCAGCGACACCAGAAAAAACCUUCCGCGAGUGCGUUCUCUCCAGAUUCUUCCUUUUUUCUGUAAUUUGGUUGUCUGUGAUCCAACUGAGAAAUUAUCUGUUCAUUGGGACUCUCAACCCCACGCUGCAGAGGCUGACUAAUGGAGAUUCCUCACUCGUCAGCAAGUACACCGACGCCUUUGCGUUCACACAACUGUGUGCGGUGCUGUGUGGUCCCUGGAAUGGUCUUAUCCUGGACAGACACAAACGUAAACCCCGGGUGAAAGGGAUGAGUGACGAGGAAGCGGACUUGCGCUCCACGGUUCUGUCUCUCUUCCUGACGGCCUUGUUUUCCUUGGUUUUCUCCAUUUGUGCUACCAUCCCUGUACUACCUCUUCAGUACUUCACCUUCGUGAUGGCUGUGAUCAAUAAUGCCUUCCUGUAUGGCGGCUUAGUGGCUUUCAUCAGUGUGGCUUUCCCACCUUGUCACUUCGGCAAGUUGUACGGACUCGAAAUGUGUCUGGGAGCCAUCUUCUCCUUACUGCAGUACGCCUGCUUCGCUUUAGUGGAGUCCGUCCUGGAAGGAGAUCCCUUAUAUGUGAGUAUCGUCCUCACGGACCAAGGAGGGCUGAGGCUUCAUCACAGAGCAGAUGACAAAUGGCUGACAAAUCCCCCAUGUGACUGCAGUUAUGUGGAGAGGCGCAGCCGGCAAACGAGCAGCGGAGCAGGGCACGCUGGAGCCCUGCCCAAGUUGGCGGCAAGAGGGCGGAGAAUGCGGCUGAGCGGAGAGGCGGGGCGUGCAGGAAACGACGCCGCAAUCUAAUUCAGGUGCGUGGAUCGCGCACCGGCACACGAUUAACAUUUCUCCUUACGCUGCAUAAAAGGGGAGAAGGAGGAGAGAUCGGGGCAGAAGGAGUUGGAGAGCCUCCAACAACAGAUAAAGAGCGGCAGCAGUGAAAGCAAAGAGCAGACAAGAACGACGACGACGGCGGCUGAAAAGCGGACCGUGAGCGAGCAGUGGAGAGGAGCAGCUGAAAAGCGAUUCAACCUGGCAAGCGAAAGCUAUAUUGCAAAAUAAACGAGAGUCAAACCUG